AGAACCGUCAUCACAAGUACUCACAUUCAAUAGCAAACAUGUUGGCCUUGAAGAGCUUCGCCCUGUAUCUCAUUGCAAGUGCAGCGUCUGUUACCGCACUCCCUGCUGCCCUCCACCCCUUCCUCAAGCCUCCUGGCGCCUCUCGUGGACCAUGUCCCGGUCUUAACAUUCUGGCAAACCACGGAUUCUUACCCAGAGACGGCAAGGGUCUGACUCUUCCCAUUCUUCAGCAAGCGUUGUCGGACGCCUACAACUUUUCGCCAGACUUCACUGCAACCGUCUUUGCCAUCCAGUCCAACCCCGUAACUGGAAUCGCCGUACCCUUCGCCUUGGAGGAUCUGAAAAAGCACGUCCCAUUCGUUGUGGAGCAUGAUGCAUCCAUUUCGCGCAAUGACUUUGCUACAUCCCGCUCAGGUGACAACUACUCUUACAACCGCACCCUCUUCGCCAACUCUCUCCAAUACGUCAGGGAUUUGGGCUUUACUGAACUGAAUUCUACGGCCAUGGCCCACAUCCGUCAUCUUCGUGAGACCCAAUCUGAGAUGUACAAUCCUCAAUUCUCCUAUGGACGUCUCUCUGUCAACCCCGACGGCUCACUCGUCGUCGAUCCAUCCAUGCCGGAAUUCUUUGCUCUGGGUGAAGCCGCCUUUAUCCUUGACCUCUUCGGCUCCAACAACGGCCUGGCUGAUUCAGACACUAGCAUGGCGCAGAUUGCUUGGAUGUUCACGACGGAAAGCUUCCCAUCUGGAUACAAACCUCCCGCAGUCCAGGCCACCCUCACCACCGCUCUUGCACGCGCAGCCGAGAUCAAGGGACAGCUGGCUUCGCUGCCGCCAAUUCCAAAGGACGUUGCAGCAAAGUACUGGAACACGGAUUUCUCCAAGAAACUUGCUUUACAGCUCGGUGGCUCGCUGCUCGACAUGUCUUAAACGAUGAGAGUGAUUUCAGAUUCAUAGAUAGAGUAGAACUAGAUUCCCGCGAUACAACUAGAACUAAAAGUUUCGAGAUGGAGCAUGUGUAGCAAGGGUAAUGUUAUGCAAAAUAUGACCAGUGUUAUGGAGAUCAGCUAUAGAUCUUGGUAUUCUAAGUCUACACAUUUCAAGACUCAUACAAGGAGCUCUACAAUUAAUUGUACUAGUAAUAAGAUUGAUUGCACC